UAUUUUUGAUGGGACUUGAAUUUCUCCAAGCAGGUGCCCCAGGACUGACAGCUGGCAUGGCAUGCUGCAGUGUCACAACAGUGGCCGGGGAAAAUGUGCUGCAGAUGAGCUUGAUCUGCAUACAAAAUGUGUGGUGGAUGUGGAUGCAAACAAGGUUAUUCUUCAUCCUGUAAACAUCAACCUUUCAAAAGGAGAUGCCAGGACCCAACCAAAGGUGUUUGCCUACGAUCACUGCUUUUGGUCUAUGGAUGAAUCUGUCAAAGAAAAAUAUGCAGGUCAAGAUGUUGUUUUCAAGUGCCUUGGAGAGAAUAUUCUUCAGAAUGCCUUUGAAGGCUAUAAUGCUUGCAUCUUUGCCUAUGGGCAAACUGGAUCUGGAAAAUCAUACACCAUGAUGGGUACUGCUGACCAGCCUGGAUUAAUCCCUAGACUUUGCAGUGGACUCUUUGAAAGAGCACAGAAAGAGGAAAACGAAGAGCAGAGUUUCAAAGUGGAAGUAUCCUACAUGGAGAUAUACAAUGAGAAAGUCAGAGAUCUUCUUGACCCAAAAGGAAGCCGUCAGUCAUUAAAAGUUAGAGAACACAGUGUUUACGGUCCUUACGUAGAUGGCCUAUCCAAACUAGCUGUUGCUAGCUACAAGGACAUCGAGUCCUUGAUGUCCGAGGGCAACAAAUCUCGAACAGUGGCUGCAACCAACAUGAAUGAGGAGAGCAGUCGGUCCCAUGCAGUCUUCAAGAUUAUCCUCACCCACACGCUCUAUGAUGUACAGUCAGGGACAUCAGGUGAGAAGGUGGGCAAGCUGAGUCUGGUGGACUUAGCAGGGAGUGAAAGGGCAACUAAGACUGGUGCUGCAGGAGACAGGUUGAAAGAAGGAAGCAACAUUAACAAAUCCCUCACGACUCUUGGGCUGGUUAUUUCUGCCCUGGCAGAUCAGGCUGCUGGCAAGAAUAAAAACAAAUUUGUUCCUUAUCGUGAUUCUGUGCUCACUUGGUUACUUAAAGAUAGCCUUGGUGGUAACAGCAAGACUGCCAUGGUAGCAACAGUAAGCCCAGCAGCGGACAACUAUGAUGAGACCCUUUCCACACUGAGGUAUGCGGACCGGGCCAAGAACAUCGUUAACCACGCUGUGGUGAAUGAAGACCCCAACGCUCGCAUUAUUCGGGAGCUCCGUGAGGAAGUGGAGAAGCUGCGAGAACAGCUCACAAAAGCAGAGGCUAUGAAAUCACCAGAAUUAAAAGAACGAUUGGAGGAAUCAGAAAAGUUGAUUCAGGAAAUGACUGUGACCUGGGAAGAAAAAUUAAGAAAAACUGAAGAGAUAGCACAGGAGCGUCAGAAACAGCUGGAAAGCCUUGGCAUAUCUCUUCAGUCUUCUGGAAUAAAAGUUGGGGAUAAUAAGUGCUUCCUGGUUAAUUUGAAUGCAGAUCCAGCUCUCAAUGAACUUCUGGUAUACUAUUUAAAGGAGCACACGUUAAUAGGCUCAGACAACUCUCAAGAUAUCCAGCUAUGUGGAAUGGGAAUCCUUCCUGAACACUGCAUUAUAGACAUCACCCCAGAAGGACAGGUUAUGUUAACACCUCAAAAAAAUACUAGGACGUUUGUAAAUGGUUCUGCUGUCGUGUGUCCUAUCCAGCUACAUCACGGAGACAGAAUACUGUGGGGAAACAACCACUUCUUCAGGCUGAAUUUGCCAAAGAAGAAAAAGAAGGCAGAUCAUGAGGAUGAAGAGCGAGACAACUCUAUGAAGUGCAGUAAUAGUGUUGAGCAGCUGGACACGGAUGGAGACAAUUCCAGUGAAGUGUCUAGUGAGAUUAACUUCAGCUAUGAAUAUGCCCAGAUGGAAGUCACUAUGAAGGCACUUGGUAGUAAUGAUCCAAUGCAGUCAAUCUUGCAAAGCCUGGAGCAGCAGCACGAAGAGGAGAAGAGAUCUGCCCUCGAGCGCCAGAGACUGAUGUAUGAACACGAACUGGAGCAGUUACGACGGCGACUGUCGCCAGAGAAGCAGCAUUUCCGCAGCAUGGACAGGUUCUCCUUUCAUUCUCCCAGCGCUCAGCAGCGCUUAAGGCAGUGGGCAGAGGAGAGAGAAGAAAUGUUGACCCACAGCCUGAGAAAGCUGCGAGAGCAGAUUGUUAAAGCCAAUUUGUAUGUGAGAGAAGCCAAUUUUAUUGGAGAGGAAUUGGACAAGAGAACAGAAUAUAAAGUUACCCUCCAGAUUCCAGCUUCAAGCCUUAAUGCUAACAGUAAGAGAGGUGCGAUUCUCAGUGAGCCUGCUAUUCAGGUGAGAAGAAAAGGGAAAGGCAAGCAGAUCUGGUCACUGGAAAAGCUGGAGAAUCGACUGGUAGAUAUGAGGGAUCUUUACCAGGAGUGGAAAGACUGUGAGGAAGACAAUCCAGUGAUGAGAGCUUACUUCAGGCGAGCUGAUCCAUUCUACGAUGAGCAGGAAAACCACAGCCUCAUCGGAGUAGCCAAUGUUUUUCUUGAGUGCCUGUUCUAUGAUGUGAAGCUACAAUAUGCUGUUCCAAUCAUCAAUCAGAAGGGAGAGGUGUCAGGUCGUCUCCACAUUGAAGUUGUUCGAGUGAGUGGAGAGAUAGAUGACAGGUUGGUUGGAGGUGAGGAUAGUCCAGACUAUUCAAAUGAAAAUGACACUCAGGAGAGAAAACUUGUCUGCAGGAUUAAAAUACUUCAAGCUACCGGUUUGCCACAGCACCUCUCCAACUUUGUGUUCUGCAAAUAUACAUUCUGGGAUCAACUGGAGCCAGUUAAUGUUGCACCUGAGGUGGAUCCUUCCUUAUCUUCCACCAGCAAGGAGCCGCGGUGCAUGGUUGUCUUUGAUCACUGCAAUGAAGUUUCUGUAAAUAUUUCCGAAGACUUCAUGGAACAUCUUUAUGAUGGUGCUUUGGCAAUUGAGGUAUAUGGGCACAAGCAGAGUGGUGACCGCAAAAAUCCAGCCCUGUGGGAUUUGGGAAUAAUUCAAGCCAAAACACGCAGCCUUCGUGACAGGUGGAGUGAAGUAACCCGAAAAGUAGAACUCUGGGUUCAAAUUCUAGAACUGAAUGAGAAUGGGGAAUAUUGCCCAGUUGAGGUGACCCCUGCCAAGGAUGUAUGCACAGGAGGCAUCUUCCAGCUCCGACAGGAAGAAGAGGAUGAAAUGGACAGUUAUCAGGAUAGGGAUUUGGAGAGGCUCCGUCGGAAAUGGCUGUGUGCCUUAACAAAGCGUCAGGAGUAUCUUGAUCAGCAGUUGCAAAAGCUCGUUGGGAAGCCUGAUAAAACAGAAGACGAUGCAGAUCGGGAGGCACAGCUUUUAGAGAUGAGGCUAACGCUCACGGAGGAGAGGAAUGCUGUAAUGGUUCCUUCUGCUGGCAGUGGGAUCCCUGGAGCUCCAGCGGAGUGGACUCCUGUGCCUGGUAUGGAAACUCAUAUUCCUGUUAUUUUCCUUGACUUGAGUGCUGAUGACUUCAGUUCCCAAGAUAACCUUGAUGACCCUGAAGCGGGUGGGUGGGAUGCGACUCUUGUUGCAGAAGAGGAGGAGGAAUUCUUUGAACUGCAGAUUGUGAAGCAUCAUGAUAGUGAGGUGAAAGCAGAAGCCUCAUGGGAUUCCACAGUCCACGACUGUAUCCAGCUCAGUAAAGGAACAGCAGCAGAUGAAAGAGUUUACCUUAUUGUGAGAGCCACUGUCCAGCUCAGCCAUCCUGCAGAAAUGCAAUUAGUGUUACGCAAGCGCAUUUGUGUUAAUGUGUAUGGCAGACAGGGUUUUGCACAGAGUUUCCUCCGAAGAAUGUCUCACCGAAGUUCCAUUCCUGGCUGUGGUGUCACUUUUGAGAUAGUCUCAAAUAUUCCAGAGGAUGCUCAAGGAGCUGAAGAGCGGGAGGCACUAGCCAGAAUGGCAGCAAAUGUUGAAGAUGCAGCUUCAGCUGACUCCGAAGCCUAUAUCGAGAAGUACCUGCGGAGUGUGCUGGCCGUGGAGAAUAUUCUCACCUUGGAUCGUCUGCGCCAGGAAGUUGCUGUAAAAGAGCAGCUGAUGGGAAAAGGAAAACUCUACCGCAGGAGCCUGAGCUCUCCCAAUGUGAAUCGGCUUUCUGGAAGCCGCCAAGACUUGGCACCCCCCUAUAACCUGAGCAGUAACCGGGGUCGAUGGGAGAGUCAGCAAGAUGUAUCCCAAGGUGCCACAAAUUCCAGUAGAGGCAUUAGUCCAUCUCGUACCUCUCUGUCAGGCUCUGGGCAGCAAAACCACUCUCCUGAUCCGGGUAUUGGUAGCCUUGCUGCUUCCUACCUGAGUCCUGUAAAGUCCUUCGUGCCUCAGAUGCCUAAGCUGCUGAAGUCUCUCUUUCCUGUUAGAGAUGAGAAAAAGGGCAGGCAGACCUCUCCCCUUGCACAGCAGACUGUCCCACGAAUUAUGGUUCAGUCUGCCAGUAGUGAUGCCAGUGCUGCAAAGAUAAAACAGAUUAACCAAGAGGAAGCGGGGAAACAGCCACUUGAAACUGCAGCACAGACAGCUGAGGUGGACAAGAGUCAGGAAAAGACACCCAAAGUGCCUUUGCAGCAGCCCACGGGAGACACCCCGGCACAGGACUCCCAGGAAGGACCUCCAAGUCCUCUGAGUGAAGCCUCCAGUGGGUACUUCUCUCACAGUGUCUCGACAGCCACCCUCUCUGAAGCCCUCGCAGCAGGAAGCGAUGCUGUGGCUCAAGCAGGAGGUCAGGUGCCCGCAGUGAGUGACUUCCCAGCUCCCACUGCAGCUCAGGUCUCUUCUUUGGACAUGCCAGGGCACUCAGACAGUUCUUCAGAAAGCUGUCUCAGCGCUAAGAGAGAGAGUCCACAUGCCUCCAGCCUUCAAAGUGCUCACUCAAGACCCAAAGACAGCACUGAAGUGAAUGGAAAUGAUGCUAUGAAAUCAAAAUCUUGCACAUCUCCUGUGACUCAAAGCGAGCAGGCAAGUGAUGCCUCUGUAGCCACUGAUGUAAAAACCUUUCUCUCUACCUCCACUCCAAAGAAGGAGUUGUUAUCCAAACAAUCAAUGGAGUCAGCAGGACAAGCUAGGAAAAAAGAAAUGGCUUCUGGGGCUUCAGAACAGGGGUUUUCCAAACCACAGAUUCUUCCUGACCAAUUGUCCUCACCUGGCAUUCCAGCUUCCCCCUUCAAAAUCCAGAAAGUCAAGACAUCAGAGCUGAAGUCCUUCACAAGCAUGCUGGGGACAGAUCCCAUGUCUUCACUAAACACAGAAGAGCAGCAAGAAGGAGAAAAGAGCACGUCUGCUGCCCGUGGACUGAACCAUAACGGGUCAGAGAUGGCAGAAGAAAAACUGGAGGUGACUUCUGACUCUGAAGAUGCCAGUGAAAUUCCUGAGUGGCUGAAAGAGGGAGAAUAUGUCACCGUUGGCGCAAAUAAGAUGGGCACUGUUAGAUACAUCGGGCCCACAGACUUUCAGGAGGGAACAUGGGUUGGUGUCGAACUGGAUUUACCUUCAGGUAAGAAUGACGGCUCGAUUGGAGGGAAGCAGUAUUUCAGAUGCAACCCAGGCUACGGAUUGCUGGUGAAACCAGGCAGAGUUAAAAAGGCCACGGGACCGGCAAGACGGCGCAGCACCGGCUUGAGGUUGCAAGGAGGAGCCGCCGCUGAGAACAGGAAGAGCAGCAACUUCUCCGGGUCAGCCUCCAACCUGGCUUCACUCACAGCCCUGGCGAAAUCAGAAGGAGGAUCCAUGCUGCGGCUGGAGAAGAGCCAGAAAAACGCAGAGAACAGGAAAUCCUGGGCAAACUGAGACAGCCCUACCCACCGCAGCAAACGCCGCGCGACGCAGCCAGGGGAAGCUCAACCAUCCAUGUGAACUUCUGGUUUGUGGCAAACACUAAUGAAGGUUGUUUGUUUGUUUGUUUGUUUUCCUCCCUCUGCUUUGGGUGAUUGACAUGUUAAUUCUUUGCCUUGUCAUGGUGCUGGAUCUUCGUCCUUCGUUUCCUGUUACAAAUUGUGACGCUUCAGGGUACGACGGACGGCAGGCGGUGGGUGGGUGUAAGCUCUGCUCUGUUCCACCUUUCAGAGAAGGAAGAGAUGUAUAAAUUGUUCAAAUUAUGGCUUUCCAAUAGCUAUAAAAUACUACCCACACACUGGUGCAUCUCUCGGUGUGACUGGCAAUUCU